AUGGAUACCCUUCACUUGAGUGUCAUUGCUGUGGCCCUUUGCUUUAAUCUUCCUGGAUCGGUGGGAACCAACUCAGAGCGGAGUGCUCUUGAUACACAUCAGCGUGCAGACUGCCGGUGGGACGGGGACCACGUCGUGAAUUGUUCUUUUGCCAGAAUAUCUACUAUUCCAGAAGAUAUAUCACAAACAGCAGUAACGGCUGAUUUUAGUUACAAUAAUAUUAAAACUUUUAUGUGCACUGAUGGAAGAAAUGAAGGGUGGAUGCUAAAACACCUGAAUCUCAGUAACAACCUGAUUUCUGAACUCUCCUUAACUACUUGUAGAAAUUUACCCAUUUUAGAAACUCUAAACCUCAACAGUAAUGCCAUCCACACCCUCACACUGGACGUACCUGUGCCUGCACCGGGGUCUAAAAAGUACAGAAAAGUCGAUCGUCUCCUGCCUGCUUUGAAAGUAUUGUCAGUCGAAAGAAAUAAUCUUAAUACUGUUCCAAGAGGACUCGGCUUGCUGCAAUCUUUACAGACUGUCCGCUUGUCAUCCAACGGCAUACGACAGAUUGAGCUGAAUGAUUUUCAGAAUUGCUCACAGCUGAAGGACAUCGACUUGCAAAACAACAAGAUAACUAAAAUUCAUCCAGAUGCCUUCAGGGACCUCAGCAAAUUACAGGUCGUGGAUCUCCGUCAAAACGCUCUGACAACCCCUUUACCCCAGAUAUUAAUAAGUCUGAACUUCUUUCAACUUGAAGUGGGUUUGUCAAAUAACGCCUGGAUAUUCAACUGCAGACUAAAUGCUUUCAAACAUUUAUUUCAUUUUCUUUUUGAUUCCACGAGGAAAAAAUUGAGUAUUUCAUACAAUAAACCUGCCAACAACUCACAGAAACCUCGGCUGUAUCUUUCAAGCUUUGAUUUAAACUGCAGCGAUGUCGUUUUGCUCAAGCGGGCUGUCAUCCCAACGGGGCAGACGUCGGUGCUAAACUGUGACCUGGACGACACAAGGGGUAAUGGAGUCUCUUGGUGGACACCUAAAGGCAGAGUGUCAAAAGAUAAUAGUCUUCCUCAUAUGACACUGGAUAAAAUGAGUAAUUUAGUGAUAUACAAUGCUGAGACAACUGCUGAAGGGUUAUAUUUGUGUACUUCUAACACAACUAAGAAGAAAUAUCUCAUCUACAAUAUACAGGUGAAAGAAAGGGUUUCCACAUUUUUGGUUAGAAAAGCCCGGGAUGCUAACGCGGUUUUUAGACAAGGAAGAACAGAGCAAGACCUCGCACUGGCUGUUUGCCUCUCCGUGCUCAUCACGUUUGUCUGUGCUUUUUGUCUGGGUGCUUUUGCCAGACCCUACCUCGUCAGCCUGUGGAGACUCAUGCGCAGGAACAAAAAUGCGAGUUCAGAACAUACUUACUCUAAUCAAGCUUUUUCAGAUGAAACCCUGAGCGGAGAGUGCUCUGCAAGCAAACCAACAACUCCGCAGUGUAAUUUACUCAUUCGUGAUAAAAAUUCAUCAAGAAACACAUGCGUUCUUCCUACAGAACCCUCUACUUUGUAUGAAAAUGUCAUUGGCAGCAGUGUACCUGCACCAAAUAGUGAAGAAGAGUACCAGAAACAAAGCAAUGAUGACAGCAACGUGAAGAAAAAGCAAGUGUUUUCAGACAGCAAAACUAGUAUCGGCAAUUAUGAAAAUAAAAAUAUUGAUGAUAAUGGACUACUUUCUGUAGGGGUAGUUUACCAGAACAGCAAUGAAGUAAUGCCAAGAAAAUUAGUGAGUAAUGACAUUUCAUUACAGAAAGAUUCAAAAUAUGCAAAUACAGACUCAGAGCAGAGCAGGUUUCCUCCCAUACCCGGGAGACUGCAUGCCAACUCCUCCUCAAAUCACACCGACUCUUCAGAUUCGGAUUUAUCCCUCACAGGAGAGCCUGCCUUUCCAUUUCCCACAGGACAAACACAGAGAGUUGCACAAGACUCUAGGAACAGCGAGGUAAGCAACAGCUCUGCUAUCCUGCAGUCUGAAAUCACCAAGGCUACACCAGACUCUUCUGAAAGAAAAGGUAUUGUUUCACAUAACGGAUCCAUGGGCACUACAGAAUUUAUGCCUGGAAGGCAAAGCUGUGAGGAACAACUUGGUCUAAACGGCAACAUAAAUGUAAGCAGUGAUGUGGGAGGUUUUAUUUUACCUGGUAGCCGCAAAAGAGAUACAAAUAUUGAGAAUUUAAGUGUCUACCAAACAGCAGAAAAUGCUCCUUUUGCAGAGUAUGACUGUAAAACGGAACAUGCAAAUGAAAAAGGUGCUUCAGCAGAUCUAUUUGACGAUAGUUCUUCAGAUGAAGGGACUCCUUUCACAAUGAGUGACUGUAGUUCUUUAGCAGACUUUGAAUUGGAACAACCUGACGUUGAUGACAACCUGCCAGUCUGUCAGUCGUCACUAGAGGAAGCUGAUAGGAACAGUGGAACUGAGAAGUUCUCCACACUGCCAGAGUCUCCAAACAUUGCUGCUGAAGCUCAGCAUAUUGGGAAAAACGAAGAUGAGAAUAACACGUAUUUUGAAACCACUAUUAAUUAUGGAUCAGAUACCAUCAUGCCUGAAACAGCAUCACCUUACGCUGAUAAACACAGUGACCACGAAAGCAUGUCAGAUUCAGACACAAUUAGUUCUUCAAGUCAAGAAGUUCCCGAUAGGUCUGAUCAUUUUACUAAUGCAGACUCAACAGUGCAAAACUCCAAUUCUCUCCACAAUCGAAGCACAGAUUUUGGUAAUAUUUUCCUUCCGUUAAAACAUUCUCCCACAUAUGCCACCGAUACAGACAGCACUCCCGAAGAGGCUGAAGCGCAGCUCUAUCAGUUCCCUGAUGAACCACAGCGUUCCCUCAGCUUCACUCCCACCGAACAAAAAGAAAAAGCACCAGAGGGAAGCACAGACGAGGAGACAGACAGGAACUCCCCUGAAAAGAAUCAUGGUGAAGGGAACGUUACAUUAAGAAGAAACACGAGUACAUCUGAGGACAAUGAUUUUAUUUUUGCUCCCAUUGAUACUGAUUUGAAUGAAAUUGUUAAAAAAACAUCGCUACUGCAUUCCAGCAGUGAAUCAUCUCUUCAAUCUCUGCCUGAACACACAGCUGAAAGACAUUUUACAGUUAGUACAGAGCAAGAAGACUUGCUACCACAGGGGAAGCGGGUGAACACAACUAAGGCUUGUGCAGAUAUACUGCAAACAGGUUUUAAUGAGGAAAACUGCGAUGGAUACACAGAAUUACAGGACGCCGGCAACUGUAGUCUGCCCGAAGAAACGCAGUCGUACAAUCUUAUGGCAGAUCUGCUGCAUCUUCACUCUUCUGGGAAAUCACAAUCAGUCUUCAACACAGAAGAUCACUUCCAACUGGAUCAGAGUGACGAGGGUGCAUACUCCUUCUCAGUCCCACAAGGCUUCUUCAGUGAAAGCACACCAUACAGUUCACAUUCAUUCCCACAACAGACUACAGGAAAUACAAUCUCCGACAGCACCGAUUCCAGCAAGACGGAGGAUGACACUACUUUGACAGGACUGGAGAACAAUUCUACAGCAGCUGUCAACCUCCAAAAUUCAAGUGAAAAACUCAGUCAAAAAAGUCAGACCAAUUUAGGACAGGGCCAGUUUUUUGUUAAGAAGAAAAGAGCGUUUGAUGGAUUUGCUAAUAUUUUGCAAAGUAGGAAAACAAACUUCAACAGUUGA